UCUAGCCCGCCCGGUGCUGGGAAGAAGAAGAAGCAGAAGACGUAUCAGUGAAGUAUGAAUGUGGACAAACUGUGAACUUUCCUGUCAAACUCUAAUCUUCUGUCCGGACACGAUUAAUCAAAGUGUGAUGCAGGCAGCUGGAAAACUCAUGAAGGUGUUCGUGACGAGGAGGAUCCCUCAGGAGGGGCUGAAGAUCCUGUCAGCGGCCGCAGAGUGUGAGGUGUCUCUGUGGGACUCRAGUGAACCGKUGCCGAGAGCAGAGCUUCUCAAAGGCGUUCAAAAGGCUGAUGGUCUCCUGUGUAUGCUGACAGACAAGAUCGAUGCUGAGGUCCUGGAUGCUGCAGGACCAAACCUCAAAGUGAUCAGCACCAUGUCUGCAGGGYUUGACCACUUGGCUCUGGAUGAAAUUAAAAAAAGAGGUAUACGUGUUGGAUACACUCCRGAUGUGCUGACCGAUGCCACGGCUGAACUGACUGUGGCUCUGCUGCUGGCCACUGCUCGCAGAUUACCAGAGGGAAUGGAGGAGGUCAAGAAUGGUGGCUGGAGCUCGUGGGACCCGCUCUGGCUGCGUGGAUAUGGUCUCUCUGGUAGCACAGUCGGAAUCAUUGGACUYGGACGCAUUGGUAUGGCGGUUGCUCAGAGACUCAUGUCCUUCGGAGUGAAGCGGCUGCUCUACUCUGGGACAACAGCUAAUGCCCAGGCUGCAGAGGUGAAAGGAGAAUUUGUUCCUCUGGACACACUUGUGCCUGAGAGCGACUUCAUAGUUAUCACCUGCUCCCUGACUCCAGAAACCCUGGGGCUAUGUGACAAGGCCUUCUUCAGCAAGAUGAAGAACACAGCCAUCCUCAUCAACUCAAGCAGGGGGACUGUGGUGAACCAGGACGAUCUAUACGAGGCUCUGAGCAGUGGACAGAUAGCUGCCGCUGGACUGGACGUCACAACACCUGAGCCACUCCCAACAAACCAUCCCCUUCUCACACUCAAAAACUGUGUGGUGUUGCCGCACAUCGGCAGUGCCACCUACGCCACGAGAGGUGUCAUGGCAGUGCUGACGGUGCAGAACCUGCUGGGUGGAUUACGGGGCACAGAGAUGCCCAAAGAACUCGUCCUCUAGAGUCUGAAGCGGAGCCGCUGUGCCUGGUGCCUCCUCUGAUGCUGUGCAGAUGUCAGGAAACAAAAACUUACAGAUGUGAUAAAAGUUUUUAUUCUGUCACAGUAACACUGAAUUGCACUUUUACUUUUACUGUGCAUUUUUUUUUGGAAGAAAAUGCUUAGUGCAAAGUUUAGUCCUUUCAGCUAGCAGCACUCCUUAGUUUUUAUAGUAAAAAGAAUGUUUUCUUUCUCAUUCUAAAGUUGUUGCCAUGAAGAUUAGAAAUACACUUGUUGGUCUGCACUUUAAUCUGAUGAUGACGCUCCAUGUCAGCUGUUAGUGAACAGUACAACACUCCUGCUCUGAUUAUUCUGAAGAAUAAAAACAUAUAUUUCAGUAGAACUGUAAUAUUUUGUGGAUGUCUUAAGAAAUCCUCAAACCUGAAAUAGAUUAAUAAAAAUCACUGAGUGCAUAA